AUGGGCUGUGGUGUGGAACCGAGAGUUGAGCUGGCACUUCGCAGAACCAUCUUCUUCUCGAUUUUUCUAUUCACAUAUCUUAUUUUUGGUGCAUUCAUCUUCUCAUUUGUGAUACCCAGAAGGCAUGAACCAAUCAAAUGUGAACGAAACGCAGAGAAGUUGGAUGCGCAACGCAGUGAAAUGUUGAACGUAUUAUGGGCUGAAACAAUGGCACAAACGGAACAUGAAUGGGCACAGAUGGCGAACCAUAAGUUGGAGAUGUACGAACGAGCGUUACUUGCCUCAUGUAGUAGUGCAACGAAUGCUCAAACAACGAACACCUACACCAAAUCAUUUAUACACUCAUUCUCACUUAUUACCACCAUUGGAUUCGUCGAUGCUGACGCGUUGACAACGGGUGGAAAAGUAUUCGCAAUUUUGUACGCAGUUUUUGGUAUUCCUUUGGCGCUUCUUUAUCUCGGACAAUGCUCUAAAAUUAUUACCGGUCUAUUACCGGGAGAUCGCGUGAUUGCUGCUGCUGUCGCGACUAUACUGUUUUGGCUUUAUAACGAGGAUAUACAUUUGUUUCAGCCAUUCAUUGAUGCUGUUUUUCAAACAUUCUUAUUUAUGACAACAGUCGGAAAAUGUGGCUUGAUAUCGAACGGUAUUCUAAUGAUAGUAUCAUUACUGGCGUUAUCGCUUGUCUCGAUGUCUUUUGUUGUGCUUCAACGACACAUCGAAAGUUCAUUGCAGGGUUUCGAAAUGGCCUUCAGCAGACAGUUCGCUACGAUCGGUCGUUGGUUGAAUACCAGGACAAAUGAUAAUGAUCCGAUUAUCGAAGAAGAAGAAGAAGACGAAUUAAGCGACGAUUCAGAAGAUUCUUAG